AUCAUCCUCCAACCUCCAUGGCUCUUCUGGGUUUUGCUGCUCUGACCCUUUGUUUCUUCUCAGUGACAGCAUCCCAGCCUCAUGCAGCGUCGCCUUCAAGAACUGCCUCUUUUCCUGAUCCUUCUUCUUCGUCAUCACUUGGUAUAUGUGCAUCUUCUGUCAUCGUCCAUGGCUACCAAUGCCAAGAGCUUCAUGUUACAACAAAAGAUGGAUAUAUUCUUAGCCUGCAAAGGAUUCCACAAGGCAGAGCUGAGGUUGGUGGAAGCAGUGGUCGGAAGCCGCCGGUGAUUAUACAACACGGGGUGUUGGUGGAUGGGGUGACGUGGCUUCUGAACUCUCCAGAACAAAAUCUACCCAUGAUUCUUGCUGAUAAUGGCUUCGACGUGUGGAUAGCUAAUACAAGAGGAACCAGAUUUAGCCGCAAACAUACCUAUCUGGACCCGUCCAACCCUGCAUUUUGGGAUUGGUCAUGGGAUGAACUGGUUACCUAUGAUCUACCAGCUGUUUUUGACUACGUGGCCAGCCAAACAGGACAGAAGAUUAACUACGUGGGCCAUUCUCUGGGGACUUUGAUAGCUUUGGCCUCGUUCUCAGAAGGAAGCCUGGUGGACCAGCUUCAAGCAGCAGCCUUGUUAAGCCCCAUUGCCUAUUUAAGCCACAUGAACACUGCCCUUGGAGUUAUUGCUGCCAAAGCCUUUGUUGGCGAGAUCACCACCCUGUUCGGUCUGGCAGAAUUUAAUCCCUUAGGGUUACCCGUCACUGCUUUUGUAAAGUCUCUCUGCCAUCACCCUGGGGUAGACUGUUACGACUUGUUGACCGCAUUAACCGGUAAAAACUGCUGUCUCAAUUCUUCAACAGUGGAUCUAUUCUUGAAGAACGAACCCCAGUCCACAUCCACAAAGAACAUGGUGCACUUGGCUCAGACUGUUAGACGUGGGGUUCUGGAGAAGUUCAACUACGUGAGACCAGACUAUAACAUAAUGCAUUAUGGAGAAAUAAUGCCCCCAGUUUACAACCUUUCCAACAUCCCUCGUGACCUUCCUCUGUUCUUGAGCUAUGGAGGCCAAGAUGCGCUCUCCGAUGUUAUUGAUGUUGGCAGCUUACUUGACUACCUUAAACUCCACGAUGUGGACAAGCUCAGCGUUCAGUUCGUAAAAGACUAUGGACAUGCUGACUUCGUUAUGGGGGUCAAUGCCAAGGACAUUGUGUACAAUUCUGUUCUUGCCUUUUUCAGGCGUCACAUUGGAGCCUGAUAACGGAAAUCACAGCUUCUUCAACUUUCCCCCACACUGUAUUAUAUAGAAGAGUGAGUAAAUAGUAGAAUGAGAAUUUUUAUGUACGAGGCUAUAACUUGGAUUCCCAAGUUAUCUAGUGAAGCUUAACUGAUGGCUUAUGAAGAACACUCUGUUCAUUGGUAG